UUCUCUAUUCCUUUCGUGUCAUAUGGCGUGAAGUACGAUCGCGUUUGUCCGCCAUAUUAAAUGAAAUCAAUAAAAUAAGACAAAAUGUCGCCCUACUAAAGUGCAUGAAAAAUAUCCACCAACAUCCAGUUUUUGUGUGAUUAAAUCAUCAAGAGGAUCACAAUGGAGAAUUCCUACGGUGUGGGGGUUGAUAACAGAUACGCUCUUUUCUUGGACGACGAGUCCGAUCCUCUUGAUGCGUUAAAAGCGCGAGAGCAAGCUAAGGAGCUCAAAAAGAAAUCCAAAGAGGCCGAAAAGGAAAACAAGGGCAAGCCUGAAACUAAACCCAAGGGUGGCAGUGCCGUCGCCAGAAAAGGAAUCAAGGAAACCCAAAAUGUGAAGUCUCAGGAAAAUAAGAGUGGUGAACAACAGAAGGGCAAGGGGCCAGCUCGUACGAAUGAGCGCAACAAUGCGGAGCGCCCGCCGCCGCGCCGCCGCGAAGAGCGGCCACAGAAUGGUGCCGUGGAGAAUAAGGACGGUGCAUCGCGGCCCCCUCGGCGUGAGUUUAGUGACCGCAGGCCUAAUAAUUAUGAGCGACGCAAUUUCAACGAGAACCCUGAGGGUGGUGAGCGUCGUGGUCCACGACCGCCGCGUGAACCUCGCGACCGCGACGGGCCUCGUGGACCCCGACCCCCCUACGAUAAUCGCGGCAAACGCGAGUUCGAUCGCCGGUCCGGCUCUGACAAGACCGGUGUAAAGCCGGUAGACAAGCGGGAUGGUGGUGGCUCGCACAACUGGGGCACGUUUAAGGACGAGCUGGACGAACUUAACAAGACGGGCUCUGAAGGUGAAGUCGGCGACGAGAAGGCGGCAGAUGCCGGCGCAGGCACCGGUGCGGGUGGUGAUGCUCAGCCUGCUGAGCCCGCCGCCCCCGUCGAGGAGGAGCCGCGUGAGUUAACGCUCGACGAGUAUAAGGCGCUCCGGAAUGCGCAGCGCACUCAGCCGCAGUACAACUUGCGUAAAGCGGGCGAGGGCGAAGACCUGAGCCAGUGGAAAAACUUGGUGAUGCUGGAGCGCAAGAAGGAAGGCGGUGACGAUGAUGACGAUGAGGAGGAGUACGACAUCGCCGACUAUCCUCAGCGCGUCGGUCGCCAGAAGCGCGUGCUGGGCAUCGAGUUCACGUUCAGCGACACGGCGCGCCGCGGCGGAACAGGUGGGCGCGGGCGCGGCCGAGGCCGAGGCCGUGGCGGCCGCGGCCCGCCGCGCGAGGAGGUCCCGGUGGAGGAGCGGCCUCAGCGCCAGCAGGCCGUCCCACCCAAGGUGGACGACAGCAAGGAUUUCCCCUCUCUAGGCUAGACUCACAGUGAGCCUUUGUUCUACUCCCCUUUCGAAGUACGAUAGAGAUACAAAUUUAAAUAUUGUAUGUACUAUUA